GUGAACGCACUUGCUACACAUGUGAGAAGUAAACACAAUAACAUCGUAUUCUUGAGUAUUCAGCCAUAAAUCAAGAAAUCACAAUGGACAAGAGAAGGAAGAAGAAGUCCACAAGAACAAGGAAGAGAAGGAUGAAAAGAGUAUGACGAGAGUUUUAAGGGAAGAAUCAGAGAUCAAUGAGCUUGAGCAAAAGAAAUUAGAAAUGGCAAAUGUCAACCCAGAUGAAAUUGACAGUUUUGCCAAGUUUCCCCUGAGUAAAUACACCCUCCUAGGCCUCAAGCAUAACGGUUUCACAGUACCAACGAAGGUUCAGCGACAGACUCUAGUGUAUUCUUUACGUGGCAUGGAUGUGGUGGGAGCAGCCAAGACAGGGUCAGGAAAAACAUUAGCUUUUAUAAUACCUGUAAGUGAAAUUUUAUAUGUAAAGAAAUGGUCAAGUGUGGAUGGGUUGGGAGCACUAAUCAUCACCCCAACACGAGAGUUGGCCUAUCAGAUAUUUGAAGUCCUAAAAAAUGUUGGAAAGAGUCAUGACUUCUCGGCUGGUCUUAUUAUAGGUGGAAAGGACCUCAAGUAUGAGUGGAACCUGAUCAGUGGAUGCAACAUUCUGAUUUGCACACCAGGUCGCCUCCUCCACCACAUGUUAGAAAACCCAGAUUUCAGCUGUGAAUAUGUUCAGAUGCUUGUCCUAGAUGAAGCAGAUCAGUGCUUGUCCAUGGGAUUUGCAGAGACAAUGAAUUGUAUUCUUGAAGAGUUGCCGGAAGAUAGACAGACUAUGCUCUUUUCUGCAACACAAACCAGGGACGUCAAGGAUCUGAUUCGGGCAGGAUGCAAAAAUCCAGUGUUUUGUUCUGUUCAUGAAUUUUCUAAAACCGCAACACCAAGGGGUCUUGUAGAAAGUUAUAUUGUUUGUAAAUGUGAAGAAAAAUUUACAUUCCUAUGGUCAUUUAUCAGACAUCAUAGGAAAAAUAAAAUUCUUGUUUUUAUGUCAACAUGUAAACAGGCAAAAUACAUGUUUGAUAUAUAUUGUAAACUUAAUGCAGGAGUGCCUGUUUUGUGCCUACAUGGAGGUAUGAACCAAUUAAGAAGGCUGGCUGUAUAUGACAUUUUCUGUCAGAAAGAAAAUGUUGUUCUCUUUGCAACAGAUCUUGCAUCCAGAGGAUUAGAUAUACCAGCAGUGGAUUGGGUAGUACAAAUAGACUGUCCUGAAGACGUCACAACAUAUAUCCACCGUGUUGGAAGAACGGCUCGAUAUGCUAACUCAGGAGAAGCUGUUUUAGUCCUCACACCUCAUGAAGAAGAACCAAUGCUUGCCAAUUUAAAAGCAAAAAAUAUUGAAGUUGAUAGAAUUGAGGUGGACACAUCCAAGAUGAGCAGCAUCCACACCAAGAUGGAAAUCAUCUUAAGCAAGAACAAUGAGCUGAAGGAGGUCCGUUCGGCGUUUAAGGCAUACGUGAAAAGUGUUACUCUUAUGAAGGACAAGAAGGUGUUUAAUGUCGACUCAAUAGAUAUCGACGCUUAUGCUAGGUCACUAGGUUUGGCUGUUACACCUAGACUAAGAUUUCUUCAGAAUCAAAAGAAGCAGAGACCAAAACAGACUGAAGAUACACACAACUGGAAUUGCUCAGCAGACGAGAAGCCCUGGAAAUCCAAAUUUACGACCUUGGACUUUGGAACAGAAGAUAUUGAUGAGGAGGACUUCUUAACAAGCACCAAGAAAAACAAGCUGAAAUUAUACAGGAGGAGGAGGAGUCCUCAGAAUCAGCAUCAUUCCCUGAAGAUCUUGUUGUCAGUUCCAAGAAAACUAAUGAAGAAGAACAUUAUCCUCAACACCAAGAUUGUAUUCAAUGAAGAGGGCGUGGAGGUGAAAAACCCCGAGAAACAGCAGACAUCAGAGGUUGCGCAACAGCUGGAGGAUCAAAAAAGUGGAAUCAAUAUUACACAACUGCAGAGAUCAUGA